CCUUAUGAAUCUAGGUCUAUGACAUAUAGACAUAACCCUCUUCUAAAUCAGAAAUACUGCUUAAAAAUGUUUAAAAAUUAAUAUUUUAAGACUGUUACCAGGCGAACUUAUAAAAAUGUCGAAUUUUAAGAGACUAAAUACCAAAAUUUAUAAGAAAAGCGGCCCAACAGUAACCCCAGAUAGUAUUUACUGGAAGAAAUUAAAGCCUCCUGUUUUAGUCAAAGAGUUUGGGCCAAUAGACUACAUUGACUUUUCCCCAGUAGAACCGUAUUACUUUGCAGUGACUUGUUCUGUCCGAGUUCAAAUCUAUAAUCCAAUAACUAAAGUAGUGGCAAAAAAUUUAUCUCGAUUUCGUGAAGCAGCAUAUGGAGCAGUUUUCAAAUCCGAUGGUCGUCUACUAUUGACAGGAAGUGAAGAAAAAAAUGUGAAAUUAUUUGAUGUGUCUACUAAAAGUUUACUUAGACUGUUUAAAGGUCACACAGCUGCAGUACACAGGGUCAAUUUCUUACCUGGACAACUGCAAAUAGCUUCUUAUUCAGACGAUAAAACGGUCAAAGUAUGGGACAUACCUACAGAGAAGAAUCUAAUUACAUAUGAAGAGCAUACAGACUAUAUUCGAGCAGGUGUUGUAAACCCUACAGUUGAAAAUACCUUUAUCUCUGGUGGAUAUGAUGGACAGAUAAAAAUGUUUGAUAUUCGGACUGAAAAACCGAUUUUUAGUGUAUCACAUGGGUCUCCCGUUGAAGCACUGUUAUUUGUUCCAACAGGAGGAGCAUUUUUAUCUGCUGGGGGUACAGAUAUUAAAAUUUGGGAUCCACUAAUGGGUGGUAAACUUCGUGGAUCCAUUUCUCAGCAUCAUAAAACAAUAACAUGUUUAAGAAUGGCCACUGACAACAAAAGACUGUUAAGUGGUAGCCUUGAUAGGCAUGUUAAAGUUUAUGAUAUAAAUACUUAUGAAGUGGUCCACACAAUGGACUACUCAAAUGCAAUAUUAAGUUUAGAUAUAUCGAAGAAUGACGACACCUUAACAGUAGGUUUAGUAGAUGGCUUAGUUUGUGUCAGCCGAAGGGAAGAAGACAUUCAAGAGAAACCAGUUCAGAAAAAGAAGAGGGCAUCUUAUCGCUACACGUCGUACAUCAAUUUUUACGAUGCGGAUUUGGUAGUAGAACCAGAGAUAAAAGAGAAAGAAGCCAAAUAUGAUAAAAGUCUUAGAAAAUUCAUGUUUUCAAAGGCUUUAGAUCAAACCUUAAUUCCCUACGUAGCUAAUAAGACACCCGAAGUCGCAGUUACUCUGAUGCAAGAACUAAUGAGGCGCAAAGUUUUGGAAAAGGCAUUUGCCGGUCGCACACCAAAAUCUAUUCUCUCGAUAUUAAAGUUUAUACAUAAAAAUAUUGUAAAUUAUCGUUUUACACGAGUUCUAAUCGAUGCAUUUAACGUUUUUUUAAACGUUUAUGAGAAUAGUUUGGAUGAAAUGCCCGCAAAUGUUUGUACAAUUUUAAUAGAAAUAAAUAAGUUACUAGCUGAAGAACUUAAUUUGUUAAAUCAAUUAGCGGAGCUACAAGGAUCAAUGAGCAUGCUCCUAGCAGCAGCAACUUCUGCAUCCGAUGUAGAUGUUUUAAAAGAUAAAAGUACUCUUUCCCUAGUACCGAGCGAGAAUGCUCGAAAGAAUUUUGUUGUUAAUAUUUCAUAACAAAUCGUUUUGCAAUAAACUUUUCUAUU